AUGGCUAGAAGGAAGGAUCUUUCUUCCUUUGAGAGGGCUGCCAUCAUCGAGUUUCUGCUUGAAGGAAGCAAAAAUGGAAAGCCAUCUCGAGGGAAGAUCACUGCUGCUGUUCAGAGAUGGAGCUGCUGCCGGCGAACGAUCAGUCGUACUUGGGCAGCUGCAAAAGAACGAAGAGCAAAUGGUGAGGUAAUGAGUUCGGUGAGUAAGAAAACAAUGAGACCAAGGAGAAAACUUGUAGCUCUGGAUUUACAGUUAAUUGCUAGCCUAGAUUUGUCAAAAAGAUCAACAAUUAGAAAGCUUGCAUGUGGGGUUAAAUGCAGUAAAAGCACAGUGGGUAGAUGGGUAAAAACUGGACUGAUCAGGGCUCAUUCGAAUGCAAUUAAACCUGAUCUCACAGCUCCAAACAAGUUGCUUAGGCUACGGUUUUCCUUAGAAGCUCUAGAAUAUGAUAGGAUUAUGAGGAGUUUGACAUUUAAAAGCAUGCACAACACAGUACACAUUGAUGAGAAAUGGUUCUACAUCACAAAAAGUGCACAAAGGUUCUACUUAACUCCUGAAGAGAUAGAACCUCAUAGGACAUGCAAGAACAAGAAGUUCAUCACCAAGGUGAUGUUCAUGUGUGCUGUAUGUAGGCCAGUGUUUGGGGCUAAUGGUGAGUGCUUGUUUGAUGGAAAAAUUGGAAUUUUUCCAUUCACUGAACUUGUUCCAGCAAAAAGGAACAGUAAGAACAGGGCUGCAGGCACUAUGGAGUGGAAGCCAAUUCAAAGCAUCACCAAACAAGUGGUGAAAGACUGCCUGAUAUACCAGCAAGAUAAUGCAAGGCCUCACAUUCAAGACUCAGACCCUGAUUUCAGGGCUGUUGCUUCAGCUGAUGGCUUUGAUAUUCACUUGGUGCAUCAACCACCAAACUCCCCAGACACAAACAUUAAUGAUUUGGGGUGGUUUAGGGCAAUACAAAGCCUCCAAACUGAAUCAGUGUCUACAAAUGUGGAUGGCCUAGUGAAUGCAGUAAUUAAUUCAUUCAAUGAGUUAAGCCCAACAACUUUAAAUAAAGUUUUCUUAAGCUUGCAAAGUUGUAUGGUGGAAAUUCUGAAAGUGAAGGGGAGGAAUAGCUAUAAGAUCCCUCAUUUAGGGAAGGAUGCUUUGAUUAGGCAGGAUAUGCUGCCCUUGAAUCUCCAAGUUCCAAGUGAACUUGUAAGGGAGUGCAUAUCCUACCUAAUUGACAAUGGAGCUUUGUCAAUUAGUGAUACACUAAUGCAGAAUUUGGGAGUUAAUGCAGGUUGCACAGAUGAGGUUGAGUUGAUGGUGCAUCAACUUCAAAUUCAAUCAACUGAAGUUAUGUGA